AUGACUGUCUCUGAUGCUGAUGCUCUUCUGCGUGCUAUGUCUCUUCAGUGUUACGAAUGUAACAACCUUCCACAAGUUCUUGGCGGAACUAGUUGUAACCUCGACAAUGUGAAAAAGCUCAUUUGUCCUCCUUUUUACGACAGAUGUAUGAAGAUGAAGUAUGACAUGUCUAUCGGCAUUGGUGCACCGCAAUUCGUCGAGCUUAGAAACUGCUCAGUUAGCGCAGCCUGUGAUCCCCAGUCUGACUUUAAUUCGUGCAAAAUGCUCAGUGAUGGCGGUCUAGUCUCCAACUGUACAAUGGACUGUUGCCAAGGCGAAUUGUGUAAUACUGGAGGGUCCACUUCAAAGCCAUCUACAGCUGGGGAGGGCUCAACUAAAAAAGGCAUCCAGUCCACUGCAAGUGUGGUCCAGUCCACUACAUCUAAACCAUCCGGCGCAGUACUGGGACCAGCUGUGAGCCUCGCCAGCAUUUUGUCUGCCGUAGUUCUACCAAAGAUUGUGGGAUUUAACUAAGACCAGCUAUCU